AAAGACAACCAGAUAUCCUACCAGAACAGGAAGACCAACACCAUCUCUCUUCUUAAUGAUGCUGGCCAGUACACAUGCAAAGGGAGAAGAAGCGUUCGGCCGAGGAAUUCUCAGAGCAGUGCUUCUUUCUCUAUCAAUGUCACAGACCUGCCUACACCUACACUGAGUGUGCAGCCAGAGACUCCUGUGUUCACUGGAGAGGAAGUCACUCUGAAGUGUGAGAUUGAGCCUGAGGGUGUCUGGAAGUACAAGUGGUAUAAAGACUGGGACAAUAAUCUACUUUCUCAGGGGGACACCAACACAUACACCAUCACUGCAGCUGCUGAGUCUCAUAAGGGCCAGUACUGGUGCCAGGGGGAGAGGACAGACAGACCAACCACGACACAAUUAAGCACGCAAUUAAGUAUUGAUGUUAAAGCAUCAAAGCCCAAACUCACAUUAAGUCCAUGCCACCAGCUCCUCACUGGUGACUCGGUGACUCUGAGAUGUGAGUUGGGUGUUUCCUCUGGUUUGGUGUUCUACUGGUACAGAGACACACAGACCUCUGAUCAUGUGACACAGACUGAUGGAGACUCCUACAGCAUCAGCUCUGUUAAAGUUUCUGAUGGAGGACAGUACUGGUGCAGAGCUGGGAGAGGAGACCCAGUCUACUACACUCAAUAUAGUGAUGCAGCUGAAAUCAGAUUUAGAGGUGUGUCUCCUCCAGCUUCUGUGAUCAUCCAUUCAAACUGGACCCAGAUCUUUACAGAUGAGCCUCUCUCCCUGAGCUGUGGGGUUCAGGGCAACUCUGGAUGGAGACUGAGGAACUGCACAGGCAGUGGAGGAGAAUCAAAGUGUCCAAAUGACUGGAGAUCAGAAACAGGAUCCAUCUGCAGCAUCAGCUCAGCAUCUCCAUCAGACAGUGGAGUGUACUGGUGUCAGUCUGAGUCUGGAGAGCAGAGUAAUCCUGUCAACAUCACAGUGCAUGAUGGAGAUGUGAUCCUGGAGAGUCCUGUCCAUCCUAUGACUGAGGGAGAUCCUCUGACUCUGUACUGUAGAUAUCGCUACCAGCCAUCUAACAUCAGUGCUGACUUCUAUAAAAAUGGGACACUCCUGCAGACCUCCACCACAGGAGAGAUGACCAUCCCUGCAGUCUCAAAGUCACAUGGAGGCCUCUAUAAGUGCAGCAACCCAGAGAGUGGAGAGUCACCAGAGAGUCGGGUCAUAGUUAGAGUGCGUAACGUUUCAGCUCAUGUUUCUAAUAAGUUGGUGGUAGCAGUGGGUGCGGUGAUAGGACUGCUUGUUGCCUUUGCUCUGGUCAUUGGACUGGUACUGCUGUAUCGCUCCCAAAGAGCCAAAGGUUCAAGUUCAAUGAGCUUUGUUCAGCAGCAGAGCAACAGCCACAGUUCAAUCUCACCACAAGUAGCAGGUGGUGCUGUGGCUGGAACUGGUGAUGUGGUUUAUGCUGAUAUUGAGCUGAAGGACAAUAAUGCAGAGAAGAAAAAGAAAAAAAGCCUAUUUGUGAAAAACAAUACAGAUACAAAUAAUUCAGACACUUUGUACUCAUUACUGAAGCCAGUAAAUAAACCAGAUGAAGAUGGAGCUGGACCCAGUCAUUUGACUUAUGCACAGGUUAAUGUUAAACCAAAGCCACCAAAGAAACCCAUGAAACGAGAUUCAGCUGGCCCUAGUGAUGCCACAUAUGCUAACGUACAGAUCCAGAUGAAACCACUGGGAAAAAAAGCUAAACCCAUGCCUCCUGAAGAUGGACAUGUUUACUCUUCUGUCAAGCCUGAGUCCUCAUCAGGUGGAGGAACCAGCGAUGCAACUUAUGCUCAAGUUAAGAAGAAAGGCAAAACACCUGGAAACACAUAUGGCUGUGAAUAAAACAAAUGCCCUUCAAGAGACUCCAUGUCCGCACAGACACAGAGAAGUAGCAAAGCCUGGAUGCGUGAGACUGUCAUGAUGAAGAUCCAUGCACACAUCAACAUCAUUUAACAGGAAGUAACUGGUACUAAUAGGGGGUGUUGAUGGCCUGUCCUGCCAGAAUUAAUCCUAAAUUACUAUAAACCAUGGUCAUAAUGUGACCCUAGAUCCUUGAUAAAGGCAAGUUGAUGUUUUUUUCAGCUAUCUAGAUACAUGCUUUUUUAUUAACUACAGAAGUGUAUAUGCAUUGCAAUUGUAUGUAAAAUGUACAGUAUGUAGAACCGAUAUUACCAUUAGUGAUAGCCCGAUAGCAAUACUGGCAUCGGGGAUUGGGCCAAUACUGGGCCUACAUACAGUACUCGUCAAAAAUUCCCUGAUAUCUCCCACUGAUAGGUAGUCUGGCUACACAAUACUAAGCUCAAUCUUUUAAGAUUGAACAUAAGUAUGGGGAGUCUGUGCCUUAUUUCUACUGCACGGGAGGCCUGCUCUUAAGGAGGAGGGG